GCUGAUAUUUAGGGAAGUAGUUAACCGGAGGUGUUCUGAAGGGGCACCGCGGCUCCUUGUCGAAGUCUUCUUUUUGAUAUGCGAAUAUGCAGAUGAACGACCAUGUUUCUUGUCUCAAGACUGAUUUGUUGAAGUCCAGCGGAACAUUUCGUGUUCUUGUUGCCGUGACUGGGAGUGUUGCGGCCUUGAAACUGCCUCUCUUGGUAUCCCAGCUGCUUCAGCUCCCUGGGGUGGAUGUAAGAGUGGUCACGACAGAGCAUGCCAAGCACUUCUAUGAUCCUGCAGAAAUAUCAGUUAAGAUCUACAGUGACAAGGAUGAGUGGGAGCUGUGGACUGAGAGAUCAGACCCUGUGCUACACAUUGAGCUAAGGCGCUGGGCAGAUCUACUUGUCAUUGCCCCUCUUGAUGCCAACACUCUUGGGAAGAUUGCUAAUGGCAUUUGUGACAAUCUGCUGACAUGUGUGGUGAGAGCAUGGGAUACCAGUCGUCCUCUCCUCUUCUGUCCUGCAAUGAAUACAGCUAUGUGGCAUCAUCCCAUUACUGCCCAGCAGGUAUCCAGGCUGACGGAGUUUGGAUAUGUGGAAAUUCCCUGCAUUGCUAAGAAGCUAGUGUGUGGGGAUGAAGGUAAAGGGGCAAUGGCAGAGGUGUCGACUAUUGUCAGUGUCGUCCAGCAGUAUCUUCAGAAACAAGAUGAGUUAUCUCAGACAACAUGCACAUCAACAUCAUAGAGUAGAUGCCUCUGGUACCAAAGACAGAUAGAAACCAACAUGUUAACUUGGUCUUCAUAAUCAUAUUGUGUCACAACCCUUGAGCCUUGACACAUCCAUAAUAAACUGGGAUGCUGUCAGCGUUUUUUAUCUGAUAACUCUUCUUGCUUGGAUUAUGUGGAUGUGUACAGACUGUCAUUGACUGGCAUCACCCAUAGUCUUCCGCAAGUUUUGGUGCACGUGUUGGGCAGGGCAAAAUUCCUUGUUUUAUUGGUAUAUGGACUCAUUGAUCCAGAUUGUAUUUAUGGUGUAAAUGCCAUGACACAUUCUUUGUAUGCUUGCUAAUAAAACUGAUUCUAAUGGUA